CGAGUGACAUCAUUUUCCCCGCCGCUUAUAAGCCCCCCGGUGUAGACUCCCAAGGAGUCCGUUUGGGGAGAGUUUUCCGACGUGAGGCGGGAGGCCAAAGGCUUCGGGACGGAGAGAGUUCCCCGCACGCUGGUUGGGGCAUGGGCCUCUCCAAGAAGAGCUCGCCCGCCCCGACGGAGGGAUGGGAGCUGGAAGGGACGGCCGAGAUCCCCAAACCGCCGCCGUCGCGGCCCAAAAGCGGCUACCCGCAGAAGAACGCGGAGACGCUGAGCAGCCAGUACGGGCUGCACCUCUUCCUGGCGGGGCUGCUGGUGAUGCUGGCCUGGGCGGUGCACGCGGUGGGCGCUUCCAAGGCCGCCGUCUUCGCCUAUCUCAUCACCCUCAUGCUGCUCCAGAUCCUCUGGAUGGCCUGGUACAUCUGCCGCCGCAACGCCCAGAAGCGGCUCAUCCAGGGCAAGGACACCCACGCCGGGGCCCGCUGGCUGAAGUGUGCAAUUACCUUAUUUGCAUUGAUUACGUUAAUCAUGGAUUCUUUCAAGAUUGGAUUCUUCAUUGGAUUUUCAAAUUGCUUAUCUGUCACAGAAGGUAUUUUUCCAGUGACGCAUGCAGUGCAUACACUACUGCAGGUGUACUUCUUAUGGUGCCAUGCCAAGGAUAUUAUCCAAUCAUUCAAAACACUAGAGAGCACAAUAUUCCUGUGCCUUCUUUUCCUCAGCAGCUGAUUCCCCCUUCUGCAUCGCUCCUCCUGCACCUGCUUGUUACUAGGUUUGGCGUGAUCCAUUCGGUGUUUACAAAUCUUCUUUUGUGGACAAAUGGUGUACUAACAGAAUCAAAGCAUCAACUUAAUAAUCACAAAGAAAGAUUAAUUACUCUUGGAUUUAGAAACAUAUCAAUAGAAUUGGAUGAUCAUGAACCAAACUGUAAUUGUAGCAUCCAAGGCCUCUGUUCCAUAUUUUCCCAAGGAGUAUACUACUUAUACCCCUUCAAUAUUGAAUAUCACAUUUUAGCAUCCACAGUGCUCUAUGUGCUAUGGAAGAAUAUUGGACGCAACAUUGAACAUGUUCACCAACACAAGAUGGCUUUUAAGUUUCAAGGCAAAACAAUGGGCACUAUUUUGGGACUAGCUGUGUUCAUUACAACUAUAGCAAUUGUUGUUGUCUAUUUGAUUCAGAUUGGGCGUUCGAAAAUAAAGAGUGAAUCAGCACUUAGGAUGUUUUAUUUGUAUGCUAUCACCGUACUGACACUUAUGUGUGUAGCUGGGAUAGUUGCUCUCCUGAUUUACAGAUAUGAAAACAAAUCACUGGAUGUUUCAAAAAAUCCCGCUAGGAAGCUUGAUGCAGACUUACUGGUUGGAACAGCUUCAGGAUCCUGGCUUCUUUCCUGGGGUUCCAUUCUUGCAAUUAUCCUUGCUGAAACCCAUCCUGCCUACACAUGGUUCAAUCUGCCCUAUUCCAUUCUUGUCAUAAUUGAGAAAUAUAUUCAGAACCUCUUCAUCAUUGAAUCCAUACACCGUGAACACGAAAAGGUCAACGAUGACAUUAAAACACUCCGGAUUGCUACGGUAUCCAAUGGAAGCACUCUGUCCCUAGCCCCUUCCUACAAAGAAAUAUAUAAUGGAACCAGUGGCAUUGACAAUGGCAAGUUACCACAAGUGGUCAACGGAAACUGUAUUCUGCCCGAGAGCAAUGGAAGCGGUUCUUUAGAUGAAGAAAAAAGUGACACCAGUGCGCCAGUCACUCCCUCUACCUCUGAUUUCUCACUAAACAGCAAGAAACGACCUAUCAGCAACAAAAGGACCAUCCUGAUGAAUAUUGCUGCAUUUUUGUUAUUGUGCAAUCUCUCACUUUGGAUUCCUCCCGCUUUUGGCUGCCGCCCUGAAUAUGACAAUGGAUUGGAAGAAAUGGUUUUUGGAUUCGAGCCUUGGAUCAUUGUUGUUAACCUUGCAAUGCCCUUUUCGAUUUUCUAUCGGAUGCACUCAGCAGCCGCCCUUUUUGAGGUCAGUUGCAAAACAUGACGUCCGUGAAUACAAUACUGUGGAUGGAUGAGAAGUUGACAGGAUAGAGAUCUUAUCGAAAUAGAGUGUGCAAUCAUUUGAAUGAAUAGAAGAUGAAGACGAUAAAGACAUUCAUUGCAUGGAACACGUCAUACCUCAUCAGUCACACUCUCUUGAUAGACUAGGCAAUCAUUAAUACUGUCCCUGUAUUUUUUAUGUCUUCAUAGCAAAGUUCUAGCCAUGAUUACUCAGAGGUGCAUUUCAUUAUGUUCACUGAAGUUUACUCCUGUGCAUAGGAUUGCAACAUUAUUUAACAAAAACAUGACUGAACUUUUCAUCGACUAACCAUUUGAAGUCCACUAUAAAAUAUAUUCCAGAUAUUUAUUUAUAUUGCAGUUUUCUUUGAGUUUGUUGAGCUCUGUUGUCCACAAUGAAACAUGUAUGGCAUGGUUCUGCUACAUUGUCAGCACAAUCCUAUACAUGUUGGCUUAAAAGUAAGUCCAGUUUAGUGUGUUGGGACUUACUUACCUGUUGGUAGAUACAGGAUUAUGUUUUAAAUUGCUUUUAAGUCCCAUGACUAUAAGAGGAAAUAAUUAAACAAUGGGACUCUAAAAUGUGCCUUCAUCAUAUGCAGAAAUCUAAAUAUUGAUUCAACCUAUGAUUAAUUUAAUGCUUGAAAUACUGAAAGCAGUGUUAAUAUUUCAUAAGACUACCUACCUACAAAACUAAAUAUCAGAUAUCAAAAAUGUAUGUAUUAUGAUAAACCUUGGCAUCAGAAUUGUUUUGUACAUGUUCUGUAUAUUUUUAUAUUUGUUCAUGAGAUGAAAAUCAAUAAAUAAUGGAGUUAUUUUUCAUUCCA